CAGCACACAGGUCCAGAUUGCAAGAGCAGGAAGGCAGGAUGUUGUCGAGACCAAAGCCUGGGGAGUCCGAGGAAGACCUGCUGCACUUUCAAAACCAGUUCCUGGCAGCCAGAGCUUCACCUGCAGUGAAGAUUGUGAAGAAAGCGGACAAGAGGAAGGGGGAGGAAGGGAGUGCAGAUGCUGAGAGACCCCCACUACAGGACAGCAAGGAUGUUGUCAUGUUGGAUGAUUUUCCUGAUACUCUCCCGGCUCUAACUCCAGCUCCUCCAAAAAAGUCCAAGGUCAAAAGUGCCUGUGUCCACUUUGAGGAUGAAGAUCCAGAGGAAAGACUGGAGAGUCAUGAUCGACACAUUACAGCAGUCUUCAGCAAAAUUAUUGAACGAGACACAAGUGCAAUAGCAGUAACCAUGCCAGUGCCCACGGGAGACCCAUUUCCAAGGACGUUUCACCGCUCUGAGGUAAAAAGUGAGGUGAAGGUGGGAUCUGGAAGAAAAAGCAUCUUUGCACAGAAGAUGGCAGUGAGAAGAGCUGCUGAAAAGGCAGCAGCAGCUCCCUCUGCUGCCGAGUGUGUGCAGAUAAGAUCAGCUGCUCCGGAUGUUCUGGAUCUUGAGGGACCAGCAGGAGAAGCACCUCUCCCCUGCAUCAGGGAUGAAAAAGCUGGUGACUUUUUGAUGUCUCAGCGGCCUUGUCUCAUAACGGGAGAGGGUCUUGGAAGCCAAAAGAGUGAGCAGGAAGUUCAAGCUAUUCACAAAGAGAACCUGGAGAAGCUGCGGUCCAUGUCUGAGGAAGAGAUCCUGCAGGAGCAGGAAAAGCUUCUGGCUCAGCUGGAUUCCAGUUUAGUUGCUUUCUUAAAGUCGCGACGUGGUGGCAAUGAAGGCCAGAAAAAGGAAUUACAGAUGGAACAGAACAGACUGGAGGAGUUUGUGGAAUCUCUGCCUGUGGCUCAGCAUGAUGUAGGAUCAUCUCUUUCCAUGCAGGACUCAGCUCUGGAAGAAUCUGUAAGGAAGGAAGAAAAUGUGAAAGUAGAAAUCACAGAUGAUGAUCUGCCUGUGAAGCCCAAGAAGGAAUGGAUCCACAUGGACAAUGUGGAGUUUGAGAAGCUGGAAUGGAUGAAAGAUUUGCCCUCACUCCGUCAGAAGAAAACCAAAAAGGGAAUGCAAGCUCGAUUCAGUUUAAAAGGAGAGUUGAUUCCUGCAGAUGCUGAUUUACCAACACAUCUAGGUCUGCAUCACCAUGGAGAAGAGGCAGAGAGAGCUGGUUAUUCUCUCCAAGAGCUCUUUCAUUUGUCUCGCAGCCAAGUUAUUCAACAGAGGACGCUGGCUCUACAGGUCUUGGGUCGUAUUGUUCAAAAGGCCAGGGCUGGAGAGUUUGCUUCCUCCUUGAAGGGCAGCAUUCUGCGUCUGCUCCUUGAUGCUGGGUUUCUCUUCUUGCUGCGCUUCUCACUGGAUGAUGCAGUGGAUAAUGUCAUGGCAGCAUCUGUUGGUGCUCUCCGGGCUCUGCUGGUGUCACUCGAUGAUGAGAAAUAUCUCGAUUGGACUUUCUCAUGGUACCAAGGGAUGGCUGCAUUCCCCUUUGUCCCCAACAAUGAGGAGGAAGAAGAGGAGGAAGAGGAGGAAUUAAAUGGAGCAGAGAAGUCACAAGAAAAAAAAUUAAAGGAUGAAAACAAGCCAGAUCCAGAUGUGGCCCGAUACGAUGUUGUAAAG